UUUGCCGAUGGAGGCAGACAGACAUCUGAUGAGCCAAUGUUCAGAUAAGAGAAGAGGAGUGAGGAGCUCAUCAGGAUGGACAGCUUUUGCUCAUGGCCAUUGGGAGGGACCCAAUUCCCAACACAUUUGAUUCCUCUUCUUCCUCAGCUACAGCUAUAUAAGCACUCCAAUGGCAGCACACAAAUUUCAUUCCUGGUUCAGAGUUUCAGUCCAUUGAUCAGUUCCUACUUCCAAUUUGAUAGUAUUAGCAAAGAAAAUUAAUUAGAGAAAGUUUAAGUAGUAAUUAACUAUUGGAGAGGUCAGUGAAGAUGAUAGCUUGGGGUGAUAUCUACAAGGUGGUGGCGGCAAUGGCGCCGCUCUACUUCGCGCUGGGGCUCGGGUACGGGUCGGUGCGGUGGUGGCGGUUCUUCUCGCCGGAGCAAUGCGCCGCAAUCAACACCAUGGUGGUGUACUUCUCCAUGCCGUUCUUCACCUUCGACUUCGUCGUCCGCACCGACCCCUUCUCCAUGAACUACCGCGUCAUCGCCGCGGAUGCCGUCUCCAAGGUGAUCACCAUCCUCGCCAUGGCGGCCUGGGCGCGGUGCUGCGCCAAGGCCGGGGCGCAGUCGUGGUCCAUCACCGGGUUCUCCCUCGCCGCGCUGAACAACACGCUCGUCGUCGGCGUGCCGCUGCUGAACGCCAUGUACGGCAAGUGGGCGCAGGACCUCGUGGUGCAGAUCGCCGUGGUGCAGUCCAUGGUGUGGUUCCCGCUGCUGCUCAUGGCGUUCGAGCUCCGCAAGGCCUGGGUCGCCGGCGCCGCGGCACCGUCCACGGCGGCCGACGGCGACGUCGAUCACGUACACCUCGACGGCAGUGACGGCGGCCGGGGACGCCGCGUCGAGCCGGUGAUGUCGCCACCGCCGGAGAAGGACGGCAGCGGCGGCGACGUCGAGAUGAACGCCGUCGUCGUCGCCCCCGCACCGGCCGCCACCGGCGGCGUCCGGCUACGGUUCUGGCCGACGGCGAGGGGCGUGGGGCUGAAGCUGGCGAGGAACCCCAACGUGUACGCCAGCGUGCUCGGCGUCGUCUGGGCGUGCAUCGCCUACAGGUGGAACCUGAGCUUGCCGGGCAUCGUGACGGGGUCGCUGCAGGUGAUGUCCAAGACCGGCACCGGGAUGUCCAUGUUCAGCAUGGGGUUGUUCAUGGCGCAGCAGAAGAGGAUGAUCGCGUGCGGGGCGGGGCUGACGGCGCUGGGGUUGGCGCUGCGGUUCGUCGCCGGCCCGAUCGCCACGCUCGUCGGCGCCGCCGCGCUCGGCCUCCGCGGCGACGUCCUCCAUCUCGCCAUCAUACAGGCCGCGCUGCCUCAGUCGAUUGCUUCCUUCGUCUUCGCAAAGGAGUACGGACUUCACGCAGAUGUACUCAGCACAGCGGUUAUAUUCGGGACGUUGAUCUCUUUGCCGAUUCUGAUUGCAUACUACGUGGUUCUGGGCUUCGUCUGACGUGUGUACAGCAAAAUAUGCUUUAGGCUAAACGCAGAAUAUUUUACGGAAAACGGUCUAAUUCCUCUAAAAUUUCUAUAAAAUUUCUCCAAACCGAUUUUUAAUUACAUUGGAUGCAGGCGUAUUCCGGCCGUAUUGUCCAAAUCCAAUGUACGUAGCUGACAUCUAAACCAAUGCAGGGUGUUAAAUCACGCAAAAGAAGGAAGCUACACUGAAGCACUUCACGCAGUACAGCUUUAGUGUUGCAAGCUCUAAUUAAUCGAAAUUAAUUGUACGUAUUUCAAGUAGAGAACAUAAUAAUAAAGUUUUCAGCAGUU